CCCUGCUGGCGGGACCUGGAAACGGCGCAGCGUUUCCCGGCGCUUCCCGGCGGCCGCAUUCGCGCUUGCCCCGGCUGCCCGGAGCGGCCUCGGGGUGCUGCUGCUGGAGCUCUGUUCUGACCUUGUUUCCUCAGCCCUUCCUGCCAGAUUGUAAUGUUUUUAUGAUAUGGAAGAAUUAUCUUGGAAGCUUGUCAGGUAAAGGUAUAUACAAUCAACGAUUCAUUCUCCAGAGUUUAUAGUUUAUGCAGCCUGAAAAGCUGUCUAUUGGCCGUCAUGAGUUCAUCCUCUUCAGUCAACUACUCUGUCACAGAAGCUAAAAGAUUACAUAAUGAGGAAUUUGAGUUACUACAGAAGAGCAGUAAAUCGGAGUUGGAUGCUGUUUUGGGUCUGAAAUGGAAACUUCUUCAAGCUAAAGAAGAAAAUUUGGACUUAACUAUUCAACACAAUCAAGAAGUGUCCAACUAUGAAAAACAGAUAAUCAAAUUAAGGUCAGAAUUUGAGAGAGGAGAGGCCAUUCGACAAGGUCUGGAGUAUGAAUUGGCAGUUGCCAGAAAAGAUGCCCAUCUGAAAAUGUGUACUGCAGAAGAAGAAUUAAGCGAUGCAAAAAACAAACUUGUGGAACUGCAAGUACUCAAUGAAAACCUUCAGCAGAAAGUGACAGAGACUGAGAAAACAUUUCAUAAUGCUCAACAGAAGUGGGAAGAAGAACAGCAAAGACUUGCUAAGGAGCAGAAUAAUGAACUGCUAAAUAUACGCAAGAAAUUGAGAGAUGUGGAGGUGGAACACAGUGGCUGUAAUGAGGCGCUGAGAUGCCAGGCCAAUGAACUUAAAUGCAGCACUGAACGAGAAAAGAGACUUUUAAAGGAACUUGAAGCAGCUGCAAUGAGAACAAAGAAACUGGAAGAAAACAUUGAAGCAGAAAGAGCAGCACAUUUAGCAUCCAAUGUUACUUCAGAGAUCAUCCAGUUAAGAAUUCAAGAACUUGAAGAAGCUGUGCGUGUGGAGAAGGACAGACGAGAAGAAGCUCUUUCAGAUUUAGAAAUUAUCAAGAAAGAAUUCAAAGGCUUAGAAUAUGCAUAUGAGAGAGAAAAACAAAAUGCCCAGGAGAACUUGGAAAAACUCAGUGUAUUAGAAAAAGAGUGUUUCUCCUCAAACAAUCAAAUGAAAGAAGUGAUUGAGGAAAAGAAGAAGGUAAUUAUGGACCUCUCUGAAAGACUAGGGAAUGCUGAAAAAAGUUGCAGUGAAUUACAGAGUGAACUUGCAAUGGCCAAGAAACACCAGGUCUUUCUAACAGAGAUGUAUGAAAACAACAUGAGAGAGCUGGAGUUACUCUUGGACAGCUUUGCUAUGUCAGGCCAGCGGACAGCAGGCACUUGUGAGGACAAAGAUAAACCUCUGAGCUGCUCUGUCGUUGAGACUUUGAGGUGUACCUUGACAGCUUACCAGAACAAGCUGGAAGAUAGGUCUAAUGAGCUUAAGAAAACGAAGGCUUUGUGUAAAAAGAUGACAAAAGAACUUGAAGUAUCUGAGGAGAAAAUGUGUGCUUUAAGACAAGACCUUAAGGAAGCUCAAGAUACCAUGGCUGAUGCCAAUAAAGAGUUGAGCUGUCUGCACACUAAGUGUGCAGACAGAGAGACUUUAAUAGAAACUUUAAAAAUGGAACUACAGGAUGUACAGCAAUGCUGGGAGAAAGAGCGAGUACGUGCCACAGAAUCUGAAAAUGAAAUCCAGAAGCUUACCAGGGCUUACCAGAAGGAUAUGGAGGAGAAACUAACCUUCCUUCAUAGCUUAUACCAGCAUUUGAUAGCAGGCUGUGUGCUUAUAAAACAACCAGAAGGCAUCCUAGAUAGAUUCUCUUGGCCUGAGCUUUGUGUAGUCUUGCAGGAGAAUGUUGAUGCCCUGAUCUCAGACCUCAACAGGGCUAAUGAGAAGAUCUCUCACCUGGAAUAUGUUUGUAAAAACAAGUCCGAUAUUAUGAAGGAGUUUCAGCAGAGCCAGGAAGAUGCUUUUAACAAAUUGGCUGAACAAAUGAAAGCGCAGGCAAGCUGUUGGCAGAGUGAAAAAAAGUAUCUGGAACAGCAGUACUCAGGUCUCCUUGGGGAAGCUCAUGCAAGGGCACAGGAAUACCAGGAAGCAGCAGAGAAAAAUAAGGAAAAAAUUUAUGACCUUGAAAAAAGUCAAGAGAAAUUGGCUCUUGAAAACAUUUCUUUGAAAAAGAUGUUAACACAGUUUCAGAAGGAGCAUUCCUCCCUCCUGACAGCCUGUGCACUAUUGGCAGGUGCCCUGUAUCCUCUGUAUGGCCGAUUGUGUGCUAUGUCUUCCCAAAGAGACCUUCUCCGGGAUCAGGUGAACAUUUAUGAAUUAGUGAACCAGAAGAUUAAGACCCUAGUUCAUGCUCUCUCUGAUGAUAAGGAAAACAAUCAAGAUGAAGCAAAACUAAAGAAAAGAAAGUCCCAGGGCCUGAUUUAUGUAUUCCGAAGAGCUGUGAUUGCAGUUUUGGCAGCCAACAGACUUCAGGUUUUAGCACAGUCUUCUAGUUCCCUCUUCACCUGGACAAAUGGUUUAAAAGAAGGCAUUGGAAUUCCCGUUUGUGUAGGAGAAUCCAAAGGCAAGCGUAAUCUGUUAAGUUGUGAAGAGGAAGAGCUUGACUGUGUGGAAGCACUCAGCUGGUUUGCUAGUUCCAACCUCCUUGCUGCAAUAAUCAGUUCUGUCACUGAAUUGCAGGAUGUUGUUAAUAAACCAGGUACAAAGCCUUGGCUUUCUGGAAAGUUACUGUUAAGUGCAGCCAGGAAUUCAUUUUCAAAACUUAUGGACAAGCUGAAUGUUAUAAUGGAGACGGUUCCAUUAGACCACAGCAAGUACAUUACUUAUCUGGAGAAAGACUCCUUGGUACAGAGCCUGGCUCAUGGACUUAAUAAAAUAAAUACACAGGCCCUGGAAGCUGAAAUGUGUGACAGAGUAUCCAGUAUGAAAAACAUAGAAUCAUUGCACAAGCAAGUACUUGAAUUUACACAAAGACUUCACACAGCAGAAGUGGAACGCCGCUCACUGCGCCUACAAGUUGCGGAAUUCAAAUCAAAUUUCAGUGAGAUAAAAAAAGAAGCAGACAAAGCACAGAGGCUUCAAGAGCAAUUAAAUAUGCUUAAGCAAAAAUUAAUCACCCAUGAGAGGUUUGAAAGUAUAUGCGAGGAAUUAAAUAAUGCAUUUCAUCGGGAGCAUCAGACACAAUUGCUUUUGAAUGAACAAGCACAACAGCUACAGGAGUUAAAUAAUAAACUAGAAUUGCAAUCCAGUGAAGAGUCCCAAGUCUUAAGUGAAUCUGUAAAGAGUCUCUCUGAGGCAGCGAUGGAGCUGAGAAGAAGAGAUCGAUUUCUGCGUCAGCAAAAUAGACUUCUUACCCAGCUGGAGCAGGACAAGCGUCGGCUGAGCGAGAGCAUCCGUGAUGCAGAGAGUGCCCUCUGCACGGCAGCGAAAGACAGAGAAUUGAUCAUUAGUCAUAUGAAAGCUGUGGAAGACACUCUUCAUAAGGUCAGAGAUCAGGCCUUGCUGCUGUGUACUGCAGCAGCCACGAAUGACUUCACCCUGGAGCUACCCAAACUGCAUCUGGAGACCUUUUCAGAGGAAGGGCUGAAGGGCAGGCCAGAGGCUGCAGCAUUUCAGGCUGUGAUUCAGAGUUUCAUGGACGUUUACCAACUUGCAGUUUCCAGAGUUGAAAUAUUGGUGAGAGAAACAGAAUCUUUUCAGCUUGACAUUGCAGCCCUAAAGACCAGGCUCUAUGCAGCUAGUCUUCAUAAAAGUGACCUUUCAAAUGAGCAGCAGUAUACGUGCAACUCAGUUGAAACUUUGAAGGCUUACGUCAGACAGUCACACUGGAUAGGAGCUGGGAUGAUGGCUGAAUACAUAUCUUCUGAGAAUAUGAAGUUUGACACUUUAGUGGAAUAG